AUGUUUUAUUGUGUCAAGAAAGUGGAUAUAUCAUCGUUGAAGCAUGUGUGUAAUAAUAUUAUCAAAGUACUCAGAAAACAGGCACCUUUGCAUAAAGAAAGCGCAUUGUGCUCCAGAUUUCUAUAUAAGUAUGAUAGAAAGUUCAGCAAUGAUAUUGGUUAUAGAAAUUUCAGAAAAGUUCACACUGCCCUGAAGAAAUAUUUAGCUCUGAACUUUCUAAAAGAUAUUGAAAACUUUCUUUUAGCUCUUCCAUCAGAAGAUGAUGAUGAGAAGUACUUACCAACUAGACAAAUGUUGGAGUACCUAAUGUUGAGAAUUAUAACAUUUUCUAAAAUUAUGUUGAGGAUUUGUAUUUGCUCUAAACAAUCAGCAAUUUUUUACUUAAAUAGGUUAAAAAGAGGUGAAAGCCAUUGGAUGAGCUUGUUGCCAUAUGCGCUGCUUAGCCGGUUGUGGUCUAUGACAAUGGUGUUAGUUCAGCAUUCCACUAGUUGGUAUUCAAACCUGUAUCCUUAUCUAAACAUUUUAGAAUUUAAAGGAGUAAAUCUGCUUCCUGACAAUUAUGAACUUCCACAAGAUCUAGAACAAUGGCUGGACCUAAAAAAUGUUGAUAAUUUUGGUAGAUUUAAUUGGGAUCAAAAGAAAUUGAUUGAAGAUAAUAUUUUACUAGAUGAUGAUGAAAAUGACCUCUUUGAUAGCAUUCUUAACUUUGUAAACCAACUGAAUAAAAAUGAAGCAGAGGAAGAGGUUGGUGAAGAACUCAAACCAUUAAUAAAUAAAUGUAAAGAUGAAUUAAAUAACAUGGGGACUGCCACAGCAAUAGAUUAUAGCAAACUAUCCGACAAUAGUGUUGGAAUUAAUGAAGGUGAAGUGAUAAAUAGAAAAAAUUACAAAUCUGAACUUGGAGAAUGUUUAUCUAGAGAAACAUUUAAAAUGGAGCAAGGUGAAGUACUUUCUAGAGAAAACUUCAACGUUCUUGUAAAUGCUCCUAAUGAAAUAGAGAACAAUAAAUUCUCACAUAACGGUCCUGACAGAAUUGUGAAACAAGAGAAACAAGAGCUUACAAAAUUAUUGAAACAAAAAAUGGAAGUCACCAAGGCAACAAAUAUACACAAUAGACAUACUCAUAUGAAAGUUACAAAUUCUGAAUCAUUGAAGGAGUUUUUGAAAAUAGAAGAGAAAUACAGAAAUGAAUCUAACAUACAAUCACUUACUUGUCACUUGAGUCUUAUGCAAUGGCAUGCGCUCAAGAAAGCAUUACUAAAAUUAUGUGAUAAUCUUACUAACCGAAAAAUAGAUAAAAAGUUUCAAAGAAUUUGGAAAGAAAAAUGUUUGGAGUAUAAAUAA